AUGAGACACUUUAUUGAACGAGAUAUUUUGCUAAAAUUGCAUCGAAACAUCACUGUCAAUCAAUUAAUCAACUACGAUAUUCUACGACAGCAACAACAAGGCCUCAUUUAUCAGUACAGGAAAGAACAACAAUCAAUGGAAAGACUGAAAAACAUACAGGUGGAAAUCGAAAGACUCCAACAGGAAUACUCCAAGAUACAAACCGAUGAACUUCACCGUGCACAAAAACAAGCUACCGAACUACAGAACACACUUUCCCAACUCGCUGAUGAAUACAGUAUAGCUAUGGAUCAGAUAGUCGAUAUGGCCCUGCAAAAAAUGACAAGUGUCGCAGAAAGAGAAGAGGAAAUAACCAAUCAUGUCAUUGGUGAAUUCGAAGUCUAUAAAUCACUUGUCAUGGGUGCGCUUGAAGAAGCUGGGUCAAUGCACAGCGAUAUACAUACUGUAUUGGACAAAUUAGAGUCUCACGAAGUGCGACUGCUAGAAGGAUUGGAAGAUUCUGUCGACAAGAUAAACACUACCAUGUAUCAAAUGACGGAGAGGUUCACAACACAACUGCAAGGAACAUGUCUUUACUCCAAUUUACUCCCUUUCAACUGGCUCAAGUCCAUCGUUUACCACAUACAGCAUGGUUUCACGCUGACCAUGGCGAAAGCGGUGUCAGUCUUACUGAUUACUAUCACUCCAUUAGCCGUUUUACUGCAGGGGUUGAGACGUGAAUUCGUCUGUCUGGCUCUCUAUAUGGUUACACAUUUCUUCCAAUAUCCUUGGGUGUAUACUGGUGUACAUCCUGCUUCAUCUCCAUCACUCUAUGUUCGUGUAAAAGGUUGGAGUUACAUCCAUGGCAGAGGUGCUGGUGUGGUUAUGGAUUACGCAGAUGCUGACGACUUCAUCUUGGGAUAA